AUGUUAUUCAAAGCGACUCCAGAGUUUGCAAUCGCUUUUACUAAACUGACGUCGAUUCUUGGCAGCUCUUGGCCGCACUACAAGAAUGCAACCAAGUUUCAGUUUAUUGUUUUUAAUAUAAAAUGGUGGUUUUUUUGGUUCAUAUCAAUAACUACGUUUUUAAUCAUGUGUUAUACAGCUUACAAUAACACGAAAAAUAUAUUAAAUUUCACAAAGAUAUUGUGUGAUGCUGCUAAUUGUAGCCAAGCUUUUAUAAAAAUGUUGUUGUGUAAAAUACAUUAUCGUAAACUUCAGUUCCUUUUCUAUGAAAUGGAAAAAUAUGUUGAGCAGGCACGCGCUCAUGAAAGAGAAUUGUUCAUCAGUUAUAUUAAAAGGUGUGGAAGAUUACAUGUUUCGAUAAUGAUAUCAGCAGUGAUUACAGCUGUUAUAAUAAUUAUGGCACCUAUUGGAAUGCCCCAGCAGUUUCCGAAUGUUGCUGAAUAUCCUUUUCCGGUGGACGGACGUCCUACAUUUGAGAUUAUUUACUUGCAUCAAAGCAUCGCGACGAUUCAUUGCAUAUCUAUACCAGUUUUCGAUUGCCAAAUCGCUCUGCUACUUUGGUACGCUGGUGCAAGACUUGAAUUGUUGGGUGACGAGUUUCAAAAAGUCACCGAUAACCAGCAAUUCAUUGCUUGUGUUAAGAAACAUCAGUAUUUAUUAUGGUUCAUUCAGGAAAUAAUAAUGAGUAGUCGUUAUAUUCUUGCAACGACGGUCGUCAUGUGCACGAUAGCUGUCAUUACUAGUGGGGUUCAUAUCGUAGGGAAUGAACCUGUUGCUGACAAAGUGCCAUUCGUUAUUAUAUCGAUGGGCUUGUCAGUAGUGUUGUAUCUUUGUGCCUGGCCUUCUGAGCAUCUUGCACAAAUGUGUGAAAAUAUUGGAAAAGCGUUGUACCAAUCAUCUUGGAUCAAAACGACGAAGGAAUUGAAUAAAAGUAUCUUUAUCGUGAUACAGAGAUCACAAAAACCAGCGACUAUUGAAGUGGCUGGUAUUUUACCCAUGCUCUCGUUACCUUACUACGCAGCGUUUCUAUCGAAAAUUUUUUCGUACUUCACGACUCUGCGUGUUGUGUUGGACAAAAUAGAGGACUGA